GCAGGCCACGAUGCUGCGUCUGGCUGCUUUUGCAGCGAUGCUGCUGUUCCUCAGGGUCACUUUGGAACUGUCCUGGGCCCAGGCCAUCCCCGCUCUCUUCAUCUUCUACCUUGGAUCCGGCGGAUGGGACUUCUUCCUCAUAUUCCUCAAGACAUUACGAAGGGACGUCACCACGGGGCUGGUCCUGUUGCGGGUGAAGUGGCAGGUAUGGAGGCACGUGAGGGAGAAGAACACAAUUGCCAAGAUCUUCCAGAAGACCGCGAGGAAGUAUCCAGAGAAGACAGCACUGAUCUUCCAAGGCACGGGUGAGAGCUGGACCUUCCGGCAGCUGGACGAGUACUCCAACCAGGUGGCCAAUUUCUUCUACGGCCAAGGCUUCCGCUCCGGUGACGUGGUGGCCCUUUUCAUGGAGUCCCGCAAUCAGUACGUGGGGCUGUGGCUCGGCUUGGCCAAGAUCGGGGUGGAGACGGCCCUGGUGAACUCCCACCUGCGCAUGGAGGCCCUGCUGCACUGCAUCACCAUCUCCAACUCCAAGGCUGUGGUUUUUGGGGUGGAGAUGAUGGAAGCAAUGCAGGAAGUGCAACCCUCCCUGGACAAAUCCAUCCAUCUCUUCUGUUCUGGGGAAGGAAGUCCUGAAUCCAUGCUUCCUGGUGUGAAACACCUGGACCCCCUCCUGCAGAUGGCCCAGCGACACCAGCCACCCACCCCUGACAAGGGCUUUCUUGAUAAACUCUUCUACAUCUACACUUCUGGCACAACGGGGCUGCCCAAGGCUGCCAUUGUGGUGAACUGCCGGUACUUCCGCAUGUCCAGCUUAGUUUUUUAUGGUUUUCGGAUGAGGUCUGACGAUGUGAUGUACGACUGCCUCCCGCUCUACCACGCUGCAGGGAACAUCGUGGGGAUUGGGCAGUGCCUCCUGCAGGGAAUGACGAUUGUCAUCCGCAAGAAGUUCUCAGCCUCGCACUUCUGGGAGGACUGCGUGAAAUACAACUGCACGAUUGUGCAGUACAUCGGGGAGAUCUGCCGCUACCUGCUGAACCAGCCGUACCAGGACGCGGAGCGGCAGCACCGGGUGCGGAUGGCGGUGGGCAACGGGCUGCGAGCCUCCAUCUGGAGGGAGUUCAUGGCCCGCUUCGGCAUCGCCCAGGUGGCCGAGUUCUACGGGGCCACCGAGUGCAACUGCAGCCUGGGAAACUUCGAUGGCAACGUUGGGUCAUGUGGCUUCAACAGCAGGAUCCUGCCAGGUGUGUACCCCAUCGGCUUGGUGAAGGUGGACGAGGACACCAUGGAGCUGAUCCGGGGGCCGGAUGGUGUCUGUAUCAGCUGUAAACCAGGGGAGCCGGGGCAGCUGGUGGGUCGCAUUGUCAGGAGCAAUCCCCUGCAGCACUUUGAUGGCUACCUGAAUCAGUCAGCCACCAACAAGAAAAUCGCCAGGGACGUGUUUACAAAAGGGGACGCUGCCUAUCUCACAGGGGAUGUGCUGGUGAUGGAUAAAUAUGGCUACAUGUACUUCCGUGACCGCACCGGGGACACGUUCCGCUGGAAAGGGGAGAACGUCUCCACCACAGAGGUGGAGGGAACGCUGAGCCGCAUCCUCAACCUGACGGACGUGGUGGUUUAUGGGGUGGAGGUCCCAGGGAUUGAAGGGAAGGCAGGAAUGGCAGCCAUUGCUGACCCGGAGAACUCCUGUGACCUGGAAGACUUUUCCAGCAAGCUGAAAAAGGCGCUGCCACUGUACGCACGUCCCGUCUUCCUGCGGUUCCUGCACGAAGUCUCCAAGACAAGCACCUACAAGUUCCAGAAGAUGGAGCUGCGGAAGCAGGGCUUUGACCCUGCGGUGGUGAAGGACAAGUUGUAUUUUCUGGACUCCAGGCAAGGCCGAUACCUGCCACUGGACCAGGCAGCGUUUGGCAGGAUCCAGUCAGGAGACCAGAAGCUGUAAUCGGUGGGGCUCAAGCAAGGCACCUACCAAAUCCUGCUGGGGAGAGGGGACAGGGCAGGCACCGGGGAAGGAAAGGUUCACAGAGCGAUACAAAGGCACUCUAGAGAUUUUAUUUGACGAGUUUUACAGAUCAGGGUUUGGGGGGAACACAGAGGGGACCGAGGGGAGGGGGAUGGUCACAUACCAAAGCAUUGACUCAUUAUGGCUUUAUUUUCUACUUGGUACAGUGGUGGUGGUCCCGUGCCAUGGGAGGGGCAGGGCCCUGGCCAGUUGAGGAGGGGUGGGGUGCCCCUGCCAUUCCACUUUGCUUUUCCUGUCUUUUCCCUCCCUUUUCCUGCGUGCAGCAACCCUUCCUUGUGAAGGCCAUGAAGGGACCAGUGCUGGGCUCUUCCCCACUCCUCCACCAAGCAGCCAGCUCCUCCUUGGCACAGGGACCCCACUGGCAGAGGGAAGCUGGGUGCCAGGAGCAGCCCCUGUCCUCUGCAUGGCCCUGCUGGUGUCGUGUGUCUGCUGUGAAGCAGGGGAGCCAGGGUAGUGUUGGGCUCAGGAGGGGGACAGGGAUGUGUUUCUGCCAUGCCUUUCUCUCUCCUGGGGAUGACAUUUUUCACAAUCACACGCACAUUAUAUUAUAUAUAUAUAUAUAUAUAUUAUACACGCUGACUUUUUUUUUUCAAUCUUAAUUUAUUGUCUAUACUUUUGAAUGUGUCCCGGGUUUGUGCAGUAGGUGGAGGGAUAGCCCAGACCUGUCCUCUCUUGGAUAGUCCUUCUCUCUCACAGGGAGAUGGGAAGCUCAUCUGGGACUGAUUCUCCUCUUCCAGCGUGGGUGCAGCUGUAUAUGUCCUUGUGGCCUUGCUCCAUGGUGGAGGACAUGAGCAAAUCCCACUGUCUUGUGGACACUUCUCUGGGUCUUUUAAUUCCAUCUUUCGUGGAUGCAGCCUUGUUUUGUGGACCUUCUUCUUGGCAAAAAGCAAGUGGGAGAGUGGGAAGAAGGGCCUGGUUUGCCUUUGCUUAGACAUGCUCAGCACCACGGAGCAGCUCUCAGGGCUUUCCUGCCAUGAUGUCAGUGCCCUGGACAUGGGAGGCAACUUGCCUGGGGAGAGAACGUCCUCUGGAGGGUGGCCUCUGUGAGAGCCUGACUUCAUGUGCUCUGCAUCCCUUCCCAAAAGAGCCCUCCCUGUCUCCAGCACCGGAGCCGGGCCCUGAAGUGAAAUGUCCAUGUGAAACACCUGACUUGUGCUAUGUGAAUUCCCCGUGUUGUGUCCGACAUGAAACAGCCUCAGCAGCAAUGUCUGAUUCCAGUCCUCGGAGACCAUGCAGAAAUGUCUCUUCCAGAGAAAACUCUGGGUUGGGGUUUCUUCUUCUUUAUUUUUUUUUUUUUUUAUAAUUUGUUUUUAUGCUUUUAGCAGGGUUACUCCUUGAAACAACGUCUGUCUUUCGUGAGGGCAAGGUGUGUCUGCUCUUCUAGCUGUGCUUCCACACCAACGUUCCUGCCUGCCCCAGUCUGUCCUGGUCUCACAAUUAAACACAAGUAUGGGCUA